AUGGAUCUGAAGGAUCGCAGACACCGCUCGCUCACUAGGGGGCGCUGCUCCAAAGACACCCAGUACAACACGUCGUCCCUGGACACAGACGAGUGCCGUGUGCCCACACAGAAGUCCUACAGUGAGACGCUCAAGGCCUUUGACCACGAGCAGAGACUGCACUACGGGGGCUGUGUGACUGACCUGGUGCGCCAUGAGGCUGACGACUACUCCAGACAAGGGGGUAACUUCACUUUGGCCGAGCUGGGAGUGUGCGAGCCGACCCCACCUCCUCACCCUGCAGCGGUGCCCUACUGCCCUGACCUGGGCCUGCUUCAGGGGGGGUACUCUCUGAGCGCGGGCUCCGACGCAGACUCGGAUCCGGAGGGGCCCCUGUCUCCGGAUCGGGCCAUCCAGCUGUGGGCCGGCAGGGGAGGGGUCAAGUCCCGAAGGAGCUCAGGCGUGUCGAGCCGCGAGAACUCCGCCCUCACGCUCACUGACUCCGAGAAUGAGAACAAGUCUGAUGACGAAACAGGUCGCCCGCUCCCUCCGACCUCUUCCUCCUCCCUGCUCCCUCCGUCCCACCAGUCGUCCCAGUCCGCCCCCCACCACCCCUCCCCCGGCCCCUCCCCACCCAUCAGGGAGUGCCAGGUGCCCCUCCUGGAGAAGAACUCCACCCACUCACACCUCGAGCCCCACCCCGAAGACUCCUACCUGCUCCGGGGACAGCCCACCUCCACGGGGGCUGCCAACCAUCACAGUCAGUCCACUCUGCGGCCUCCUCUCCCACCUCCUCACAACCACCACACCGUGUCCCAUCAGUCUGCCAACAGCCUGAACAGAAACACCUUAAGGGGAGGACGCAACCCCAUCCACGCCCCUGCCCCAGGCACAGGGGACGGGCCCACCACCCCUGAGUCUGUCCAGCUACAGGACAGCUGGGUCCUAAACAGCAAUGUUCCACUAGAGACCAGGCACUUCUUGUUCAAGACUUCAUCAGGGACCACACCCCUCUUCAGCAGUUCGUCCCCCGGUUACCCUUUGACCUCCGGGACAGUGUACUCUCCACCCCCUCGCCUGUUGCCUAGAAACACCUUCUCCCGAUCGGCGUUCAAACUAAAGAAACCGUCCAAGUACUGCAGCUGGAAAUGCGCCGCAGUGUCAGCCAUCGCAGCAGCCGCCCUCCUGGCCAUCCUACUGUCCUACUUCAUUGCCAUCAACCUGCUGGGUCUGACAUGGCAGCUGAAGCCAUCCGACGGCCCCAUGCUCAACAACGGACUGGGAGCGGGCCUGCCUGUCAACAGCGAUGUGGCCACGCUGCCCUCCGGAGGCAGAGGUCCGUGGGCAGGAAGGAACAGCAGUAUAGACACUGGCAGCGUGGAGGUCGGCAGGAGAGUGACCCAGGAAGUGCCCCCCGGAGUCUUUUGGAGGUCUCUGCUUCACCUGAGCCAACCACAAUUCCUCAAGUUCAACAUAUCGCUGGGCAAAGACGCACUGUUUGGGGUCUACAUCCGUAAAGGCCUGCCUCCAUCACACGCACAGUACGACUAUAUGGAGCGUCUGGAUGGCAAGGAGAAGUGGAGCGUGGUGGAGUCCCCCAGAGAGAGGAGGAGUAUCCAGACGGUUGUCCUGAACGAGGCUGUGUUCGUGCAGUACCUGGACGCUGGAGCCUGGCAUUUAGCUUUUUACAAUGACGGCAGAGAACGAGAAACGGUUUCCUUCAGUACCAAUGUCAUGGAUUCGGUGCAAGAGUGCCCGCGCAAUUGCCAUGGAAACGGAGAGUGCAAUUCUGGAGUGUGCCACUGUUUUCCCGGAUUCCACGGAAUGGACUGCUCCAAAGCGGCAUGUCCAGUCCUGUGCAGUGGGAACGGUCAGUACGACAAAGGCUCAUGUGUUUGCUACAGCGGCUGGAAGGGCCCUGAGUGUGACGUCCCCAUCACUCAGUGCAUAGACCCCCUCUGCAGUGGUCACGGGACAUGUACUGACGGCAACUGUGUCUGCUCCAUUGGAUACAAGGGGACCAACUGUGCAGAGGUGGAUUGCCUGGACCCCACUUGCUCCAACAAUGGCAUCUGCGUGAAUGGGGAGUGCCACUGUAAGCCUGGCUGGGGAGGUCUGCACUGUGAGCUGCCCAGAGCCCAGUGCCCAGACCAGUGCCACGGACAUGGGGCCUUCAUCCCCGAUACUGGCCUGUGUAGCUGCGAUCCCAACUGGAUGGGCCCAGACUGCUCCAUGGAGGUGUGCUCGGUGGACUGCGGCACCCAUGGCGUGUGCAUGGGAGGGGCCUGCCGCUGUGAGGAGGGCUGGACCGGAGCGGGCUGCGACCAGCGAGUGUGCAACCCCCUCUGCAUCAAACACGGCACCUGUAAGGACGGGAAGUGCCAGUGUCACCAGGGUUGGAACGGAGAACACUGCACCAUUGACCAUGGGAGCAUGGUUGACAAAGCAGAUGGAUGUCCCAACCUGUGCAACGGAAAUGGGCAGUGCACCAUGGGGCAGCAGAGUUGGCACUGCGAAUGCCAGACGGGGUGGAGGGGUCCGGGCUGCAGUGUCGCCAUGGAGACAUCCUGUGCCGACAACAAGGACAAUGAAGGAGAUGGACUCACCGAUUGUAUGGACCCGGACUGCUGUAUCCAAAGUCCCUGUCAGAACAGCCCCCUGUGCAGAGGGUCCCGGGACCCCCUCCUGGUCAUCCAGCAGAGCCCCGUGUUACAGCCUCGGGUCAGGUCCUUCUACGACCGCGUUAAGAUGCUGGUGGGACGAGACAGCACGCACAUCAUACCAGGGGAGAAUCCAUUCAACUCCAGUUUGGCGUCCCUGAUCCGUGGGCAGGUUCUGACCACAGAUGGGACUCCUCUGGUCGGGGUGAACGUGUCUUUUGUCAACUAUCCUCAAUAUGGAUACACACUCACACGCCAGGACGGAAUGUUUGAUCUGCUCGCUAACGGUGGUGCAUCGCUAACUUUGAGGUUCGAGCGUGCCCCCUUCCUGAGCCAGGAGCGCACCGUGUGGUUGCCAUGGAGUCAGUUUUAUGCGCUGGAUACGCUGAUGCUAAAGACCGAGGAGAACACCAUCCCGGGCUGUGAUCUUAGCGGAUUUGUGCGGCCAGACCCUCUCGUCAUUGCGUCGCCUUUGUCCUCCUUCUUCAGCUCCAAACCCGGAGAGAAGCCCAUCAUCCCAGAGACUCAGGUGCUGCACGAGCAGAUUGAGGUACCUGGCACCACUCUGAAGCUGUGCUACCUCAGCUCUCGCACUCAGGGCUACCGCUCCCUGCUCAAGGUGACCAUGACUCCUGCCGUGGUGCCCAUGGGCCUGCUCAAAGUUCACCUGAUGGUGGCAGUAGAGGGCCACCUGUUCCAGAAGUGGUUCCACGCUUCUCCCAACCUGGCCUACACAUAUAUAUGGGACAAGACGGACGCGUAUGGGCAGAGGGUGUAUGGCCUUUCUGAAGCUGUGGUGUCUGUGGGUUAUGAGUAUGAGUCGUGUGCCAGUCUGGUCCUGUGGGAGAAGAGGAUCGCUUUGCUCCAGGGCUUCGAGCUGGAUCCCACCAACCUGGGCGGGUGGUCCCUGGACAAGCACCACAUCCUCAACACUCGCAGUGGUAUUCUGCACAAGGGAAGCGGAGAGAACGUUUUUGUGACAGAGCAGCCCCCUGUCAUCGUCAGUGUGAUGGGGAAUGGGCGCCGCCGCAGCAUCUCCUGUCCCAGCUGCAAUGGACUCGCUGAUGGGAACAAACUUUUGGCCCCAGUUGCCUUGGCAAUGGGCACUGAUGGGAGUCUGUAUGUGGGGGACCUGAACUUUGUGAGAAGAGUGUACCCAUCUAUGAACACCACGGGCAUCCUUGAGCUCAGGAACAAGGACUUUCGGCACAGUAACAACCCAACCCACAAGUACUUCAUGGCGGUGGACCCUGUAUCUGGAGCGCUCUUCAUUUCGGACACAAACUCGCGGCGGAUCUACCGUGUGCGGUCGUUAGCCGGCGGGCGGUUGCUGUCUGACAACGCGGAGGUGGUGGCCGGGACAGGGGAGCAGUGUCUGCCCUUUGACGAGCGCUGUGGGGACGGAGGGAAGGCCACUGAAGCUACACUGAUGAGUCCCAAAGGUAUUGCUGUGGAUAAGAAUGGCUUGAUGUACUUUGUUGAUGCGACCAUGAUCCGAAAGGUGGACCAGAACGGAAUCAUCUCCACAUUGCUCGGAGCCAAUGAUCUGACCGCCGUGAGGCCGCUGAGCUGUGACACAAGCAUGGACGUCAGUCAGGUUCGCCUUGAGUGGCCCACAGACUUGGCAGUAAACCCUAUGGACAACUCCCUCUAUGUGCUGGAAAACAAUGUGAUCCUACGCAUCACUGAAAACCACCAGGUGAGCAUCAUCGCUGGGCGCCCGAUGCACUGCCAGGUCCCGGGGAUAGACUACAGCCUGAGUAAAUUGGCGAUCCACGCUGCUUUGGAGAGCGCUACAGCCAUAGCGUUGUCUCACACUGGCAUCCUCUACAUCGCAGAGACGGACGAGAAGAAAAUCAACCGAGUUCGACAGGUGAGCACUAACGGCGAGAUCUCACUGCUGGCUGGCGCUGCCUCUGACUGCGACUGCAAGAACGACGUCAACUGCAACUGUUUCUAUGGUGACGAGGGUUACGCCCCUGACGCUGGUCUGAACUCCCCCACGUCUCUGGCCGUGUCCCCCGAUGGCACCCUCUUCAUCGCGGACCUCAACAACAUUCGAAUCAGGGCGGUGAAAGCUAACCGCCCUGGACCUGCUGUAUCUAGCAUAGGCUUCGUUGGCAUCGCUCAGUACGAAGUCGCCUCGCCAAGGGAACAAGAGUUAUAUGUUUUCAAUGGGGAAGGCCAGCACAUACAAACUGUUAGCUUAGUGACUGGUGAACCGCUGUAUAACUUUACAUAUGGACCAGAUGGAGAACUAAGCAUGCUUUCAGACAACUGUAACAACACUGUGAAGAUUAGGAGAGAUGGGGCAGGGCAAGGGGGCGGAGCUGGCCUGCUUAGACUAGUCUUGCUCCCUGAAAACCAAGUGGUGACCCUGGGAUUGGACCCAACUGGGGGGCUACGGAGCGUGUCAGCCUUGGGACAAGAAGUGGCUUUGAUGGGGUACAGCGGAAACACGGGGCUCCUAGCAACCAAAGCAGAUGAGACAGGAUGGACAACAUUUUACCAAUACGACAGUGAGGGGCGUCUGACCAACAUGACGUACCCCACGGGGAUGGUGACGAGUCUGCACCGCGAGAUCGAACGCUCCAUAAACAUCGACAUUGAGAGCUCCAGUCGGGAUGAUGACGUCACUGUCAUCACAAACUUGUCCUCUGUGGAGGCCUCCUACACUGUGGUGCAAGACCAAGUUCGUAACAGCUACCAGCUCUGUAACAACGGCACACUGAGGGUCAUGUAUGCCAAUGGGAUGGGCAUCAGCUUCCACACGGAGCCUCAUAUUUUGGCCGGAUCCGUCAGUCCCACCAUCGGGCGUCGGAAUAUCACACUGCCCACAGACAACGGGCUUAACUCCAUCGAAUGGCGCCUGCGGAAAGAGCAGACCAAAGGCAAGGUGACGGUGUUCGGGAGGAAGCUGAGGGCUCACGGGCGUAACCUCCUCUCCAUUGACUUUGACCGUAACACUCGCACAGAGAAGAUUUACGAUGACCACCGAAAGUUCACGCUGCGCAUCAUGUACGACGCCCAGGGCCGCCCCGCCAUGUGGCUCCCCAGCAGCAGCCUGGCCGUGGUCAAUGUGUCCUACUCCAGCACGGGGCAUCUGGUGGGUCUGCAGAGGGGCAGUAUGAGCGAGAGGACUGAGUUUGACACACAGGGGCGCAUCCUCUCUCGCUCCUUUGUGGACGGGAAGAUCUGGAGCUACAGUUAUCUGGACAAGUCUAUGGUGCUGCUGCUCCAGAGCCAGCGUCAGUAUAUAUUUGAGUUUGAUUCCUCGGGUCGGGUCACAGCUGUCACCAUGCCCAGCGUCGCCCGCCAUACCAUGUUCACCCACGUCUCCGUUGGUUACAUCCGCAACACCUACAACCCCCCAGAAAGCAACGCCUCCAUCAUCCACGACUUCUGCGAGGACGGAAGACCCCAAGCCGUGCAGUACCUGGGCACCGGGAGAAGAGUCCUGUACAAAUACGGAAAACUGGCAAAGCUGUCUGAAAUAGUCUACGAUAGCACUGUAGUGACUUUUGGCUAUGAUGAAACAGCUGGUGUACUCAAGAUGGUUAAUCUGCAAAGUGGGGGAUUCUCCUGUACCAUACGCUAUCGGAAAAUGGGGCCUCUAAUAGACAAGCAGAUCUACAGGUUCAGCGAGGAGGGGAUGGUGAACGCGAGGUUCGACUACACGUACCAUGACAACAGUUUCCGCAUCGCGAGCAUGAAGCCAGUCAUAAGUGAGACGCCUCUGCCUGUGGACCUCUACAGAUAUGAUGAAAUCUCCGGCAAGGUGGAGCACUUUGGUAAAUUUGGCGUGAUCUACUAUGACAUCAACCAGAUCAUCACCACGGCUGUCAUGACGCUGAGUAAACAUUUCGACACCCAUGGGCGCAUCAAGGAGGUGCAGUACGAGAUAUUCCGCUCACUCAUGUACUGGAUGACGGUGCAGUAUGACAGCAUGGGGCGGGUGGUCAAGAGAGAGCUGAAGAUCGGACCCUACGCCAACACAACUCAGUACAGAUACGACUACGAUGGAGACGGACAGCUCAGCGGGGUCAAGGUGAAUGACUGGUCAACAUGGCGCUACAGCUACGACCUGAAUGGGAACCUCCACUUGCUCAACCCUGGAAACACCGCUCGGAUCUUGCCUCUUCGCUACGACCUCCGCGAUCGCAUCACACGCUUGGGGGACGUGCAGUACAAACUGGACGAGGACGGUUACCUGAGCCAGCGGGGGUCCGAUGUUUUCGACUAUAACUCUAAAGGCCAGCUGCUGAGGGCCUAUAACAGGGGGCCAGGAGGGUGGAGUGUGGUGUACCACUAUGAUGGACUGGGGCGCAGGGUGUCCACCCGAAACAGCAUGGGACAGCACCUGCAGUUCUUCUAUGCCGAUCUGAACCAUCCCACCAGAGUCACCCACAUCUUCAACCAUUCAAGCUCUGACAUUUCAUCGCUUUACUAUGAUCUACAGGGCCACCUCUUUGCGAUGGAAGUGAGCAGUGGAGAGGAGUACUACAUUGCUUCAGACAACACUGGCACUCCGCUGGCCGUCUUCAGCAGCAACGGUCAAAUGAUCAAACAGGUGCAGUACACAGCCUAUGGGGAGGUCUACCUGGACUCUAACCCAGAGUUCCAACUGGUGGUGGGCUUCCAUGGGGGCCUGUAUGACCCCCUGACCAAACUGGUUCACUUCACUCAGAGGGACUACGAUGUCCUGGCUGGACGCUGGACCUCUCCGGACUACAGCAUCUGGCCCAAGAUUGGCAAAGACCCCUCUCCCUUCAACUUGUACAUGUUCAAGAACAACAAUCCACUCAGCGACAUGUUGGAUGUCAAGAACUACGUUACAGAUGUGAAGAGCUGGCUCGUCAUGUUUGGUUUCCAGCUCAGUAACAUAAUCCCCGGGUUCCCUAGACACACGCUCUACUUCGUGGAGCCACCGUUUGAACUACUGGCAACGCAGCACUGUGAGAACGGACAGCUCAUCACAGGAGUGCAGCAGGCGGCCGAGCGUCACAAUCAGGCCUUCAUGGCUCUGGAGGGGCGUCUGCUGAACAAGGAGCGGCGUCGGAGAAAAGACAAACCGGGACACUGGUUUGGCACCAGCACCCCCAUCGUCGGGAGGGGGGUCAUGCUUGCCCUGAAGGAGGACAGGGUGGUAGCUGCUGUGUCCGCCCUGGCCUCAGAGGACAGCAGGAAAAUUGCUCUGGUUCUGAACGGUGCUCAGUAUCUCGACGGGACCCACUACACCCAGGAUGGGAAAGAUUGUCAUUAUUUUGUGAAAGUGGGGUCCGCUGACAGUGACUUGUUGGCUUUGGGGUUGACUAAUGGGCGAAAGAGUCUGGAGAGUGGGGUAAACGUGACGGUGAGCGGGCGGUCGAGGAGGGGGGUGACAGUGGAGUUUGCUGUGCCCUCUCUGGUACUGAGCGUGCGGUACGGGUUAGCGGUAGAUGUGGUGGAUGAAGAGAAGGUGAGACUUUUGGAGCUGGCCCGACAGAGGGCGUUGGCCGGGGCCUGGGCCAAAGAGCAGCAGAGGGCACGAGACGGUAAAGGGGGCAGUCGACUGUGGACGGAGGGCGAGAGGCAGCAACUGCUCACCGCGGGGAAAGUCCAAGGCUAUGAGGGGUACUAUGUCCUCCCCGUGGAGCAGUACCCCGAACUGGCCGACAGCAGCAACAACAUCCAGUUCCUCCGACAGAACGAGAUGGGCCGCAGGUAACAGCCCACCUGAAUGUGUCCCCCUCCUGUGUCCCAGCCUCCU